GUAGACAUCCAUCACAACUUCCGGGAAAGCUACAUGUAUCGUAGGGAAUCCGGAAGGCAACCAAAUUUCGCCUGACAUGGUGAUGACUUUAGUGUUCGUCCUGACAAUGGUCAACUUGUAACUGUUGCGUAAUGCGAGUACAUGCGACACUCAAAUCCCCUGUUGUCCAGAUGGUCUUUGUGUGAACUCAUGAUAUAUUUGUGUGCCGUGACUAAAUCGCAAUUAUGCUGCAGAAAAUGAAUUAGAGAGUCUGUGGAUCGGUGGGAUCCAUAUUGAGAGUCUUCACCAAGACAACCAAUCACAAUGGAAGAUUACAAGUAUCUGUUUAAAGUGGUUCUAAUUGGCAAUGCUGGAGUGGGCAAAACAUGUCUGGUCAGACGGUUCACACAGGGUCUGUUUCCACCCGGGCAGGGUGCCACCAUUGGUGUGGACUUUAUGAUCAAAACAGUGGAAAUUGGUGGAGAAAAAGUCAAGCUUCAGAUAUGGGAUACAGCCGGUCAAGAGAGGUUCCGAUCUAUCACACAGAGUUACUACCAUAGUGCUGAUGCAUUGGUCCUUGUCUUUGAUGUCACGUCCACUGAGAGCUUUAAUGCUCUGCCCAGCUGGCUGAAGGAGGUGGAGCAGUACGCCAGCCCCAAAGUCAUCUCCGUGUUAGUGGGAAAUAAAAUUGAUCUGGCCUCCGAUCGCGAGGUCAGCAAUGAAGAAGCGGAGACGUUUGCCGACACCCAUGACAUGCGUCUGCUGGAAACAUCAGCCAAAGAGUCGGACAAUGUGGACAAGCUCUUCAUGGACAUUGCAGUGGAGCUGACCAACAAUGUACGCAACUCUGACAUCAAGAACUCCCUGCUAGAGGACCCCAUACGAGACCACAGCAGUGUUUCAUUCUGUUGCCGAACGUAAUGCCCAAUCACAGGUGAACACCAGCUCAUUUUUUUUGGUGUAAAAAAAUCUGCAUUGUCUUUUUUUUUUCAGUAUUUCUCCACAUACUGCAACCCAGUCCUUUUUAUUUUACAGCUUUCCUAUCUUUUCCUUCUCUCUUUGUAAGUAUUCUAUAAUCGGCCAUAUUGGGCAUGUAUAGUCAUUCAGUAUUGACCAAUUUAUGAGAAAAUGAAAACUUUGAUGAAGAAAUGUUUGCCAGAUUCCUAUCAGUUAUCUAAAAUUUCAAUGCAUUUGUGCCAAAUAUGGCACAUUAAUCUCCUUGGUAGGAAGUUGCGUACAAGUGCAUAAAGUGACAAGCACUUUCAGUGCUGUGUAUGCGUGCAAUAGCUUAUAAGUGUUUUAUCCAGUUAUUUCAAAGUUAAUUGUCUUGAAAAUUCCACUUGAAACAGACAAAGAAUGGGAGUGCUGGAAAGUGAGCAAAUUGAUGUAUGGUAGAAAUUGAGACAAGAAAAAUUUGUUUAUUAAAUGAAAUAUUGAAAUAUUUCUUAAGAAAAGAAAGAAAAAAAUACUGUAUCAUGUGAAGUUGUGAAAAGACUGUCUGUUUGGAAGAGCAUUGUAAGGUUUUUGAAGUAUUAUAUCAUGUGUUUGGCAUAUAUUUAUGAAAGAGGAAGUUUAAAUGUUUUAUAUUGGUUGUCUAUCAAAAUUUUUUGGGCAUUAAAAUGUGCAAGUACAAAAAGGAAAAAUAAGAAUCGCAUAAUUUAACUUGAGUGUAGCUUCAACUUGCCAUUGUAAUUAGUGGAUUGUUUUGUGCUGUUUGUGACACCUGGUAAAAAAAAGUGACACUGCAUGUAUGAACAUCUAACAAAAGAAGUACGGUGCAAUAACAAUGGAUGCUCAUUGUUAGUGUACUGUGUUUCUUUUGUCAGAUGUUCGUAGUGUGAAUUGAUACAUUUCCUUAAAUUGCUAGUCAAGUCAUGAUAUAAAUGAAAUCUUUAUCUGUACAUUUGACUAUACAUACAUACAUCAAGUUUCUUAAUUUAACAAUUAUUUCAAAGACCAUUUAUCAGUGACCGUAUUACAACUACAUUGUGCAAAUUAGAAACCCUUUUUCGUGCUUUUUGCUGGUGUAUUGUAAAUUGUAAAAGUGGACCUUCUCAGUCUGCAAAAGUGUACAUUUUUUUCCUAUGCAUGGAAUUGCAAAAGGGUGCAUGGCAUAUUGCAUGUACAAGUGUACCCAAGACAGUCAUGUCAUUUUUGUGUCUUCAACUAUUUGCGCAAAGCAGUGGCUAUAUGUAUAUGUAUGCUAAUACUAUGGUUUUCUAUCCACCUGUAUGCCCAAUUCCUGCCAGCUAUAAUGAUGACAAGUGAGUUGUUUGAUGUAGCAAGUUCAUAGAUUCUCUUGAAUUACGUGUACAUGUAUGAACCUAAUAGAGUUUUUACUCUGUCAGUGGUUGAAUAGAUCAUCUGUAAGAGAUGCAGUUGCAUUGUAAUACACUACUCAAAAAAGUUCAGGACCAUUUUUAUUUUGUGAAAACUUUUAUAUAUGAGAUACUUUACAUCUGAAAAUGUGCGUUAAUUUUCUAUUCCAAUGAGAACACCAUCGGCCCCACUCAUUGCUUGGAAAAAAGUACAAAUCAAGAAAAAAGUGGUCCUUAACUUUUUUUGAGUAGUGUACAUCAAGUGUCUUGUGAUGCAAAUCUAGAUUGAAUGUCUUGGCUACGGCUGGUGACAACACGUGCUUAUGGAAGGCAUGUUCUCGCGGCUACAGACCUUUCCCAUAGAUAUAUCUGUUACACCCAGCAAUAGCCAAUUGACUCGGACAUGGCGGAUGACAGUGAUGACUGAAUCAAAAAUCUACUUCAACUGUCACCUAAGUUGACAGUGCUAAAAACUCAAAACAACAAGUAGUUGUGUAAGCAUAUACACGUGUGUAUGCAGAGCCGUAGCAUAGUGAAUGUGUGCACAUUGGGCAUGUCUGAAUUUGACAACAGAGUAGUUCCAUUGUGCAACAAAAUCUUCUCUUGCCAGAACAUUUGUAUUGUGUUGUACAUGUAUAUUGCGGUCUUUGUUCUUGGCCAAAUAAUACUUGUUUAAAAUUGUUAAUACUAUUUAAGUUAUCUCAGUUUUCUUUUUUUUUAUUGUAUGGGUUACCAGCAGCCUAGUGCAAUAUUUGUUCAAGUUGUUUUGCAAUGUGUCAAUUUAUGAGCCAUUUUUUUACAUGCCAUCCAUACCAGUAUUAUUAAUUUGAAUCUUGCCCGUCUUUUUUAUUGCAUGAUGAUUUGUUACAUCUUUACAUGUAUUGCAUCGUGAAUUCACCUUAGACUUGCUGUGGACACCCUGCUAAAUGCUAUCAUAAAGUGCAUUAUGCGCACAGAGAAGUGCAAGGUCUUCUGACACUUAGAUAAAAAACAAAGUCUUUUCUCACUGCGCUGGUUAACAGCAGUCAAAAGAAACUCCGUUCCCGAUUUCAGCAGGGUUAUUUUUUUUUAUCAGUGGCACUAGAGCAGGGAUUUAUUUCCAGUAAUCAUGCAUGUGCAGGAAGAUUGCUAUACUGCGCAGACCUACUUUGGCCUGAUCAUCAUACAUUUGUGAUGAGCAGAUUUAGUUCGCUUAUUUUGCUGUGCAGUUGUGGCCAAAGCCUUCCAUGUAUCAUAAUUAAGGACAAAUUAUUAUGCCUUAUUCGGGUUCAUCGGGCCCUGAUUUUAUGCAAAGUUAUAGCAAAAGACUUAUUACUAUUGUGUGCUGAACGUAAUUACGAACUUUCUGUAAGAUGUUGUAUAAGUAGCAAGGCAGUGAGAGCACUGCAUAUUACACGUAGCAUUCACUUGUUGCAAAUAGAUGGUGGCUUGAGCUUACAACAGAAAGAAUUCAAACUUCUCAAUCAUGCAUUGUUUUUGUCACAUCACCAUCACAUUUGUGGUCCUGAUGACAUAGGGUUUUUCAUUGUCUAAUAAAUCCUGAAAUGACAGCGUAAACAUUGUACACAUGUAUGUGGCUGUCUGGAAAACCCUUUGAAACAUGCUCAGUUUUUGAAUUGUUUUAAUUUAAACAAAUUACAUGUGCAUAAUUUUCUGAUUUCAGCAGUGUUCAACCGAUCUUAUGUAUUCAUAGCUCUUGCUGUUGUGGAAAUUCUUUCUGACCUUUAACAUUUGAAAAAUACAUGAGAGAAAAACUAGGCUGUAAGAUUAUUUUGAAAGGUUAACAUAAAAGUUGACCUUUAGAUCAAGUUUUCUGAAGAUGUACAACUUCUUAAGGGCAUGUCAGACUGUUCCUCCAUAACUGCAUCUGUAUCAUUGAGUCAGCAAUAUGUUGCCUUCUUGCACAUCCCACUAAACUUUUCCUACAUUUACUGUGAAGACAACAUGACCCACUUGAUACAAUUUGGGCAUCUCAGAAUAGUAAGCCUCCAAGAGUUUGCUACGCGUUUGCCAAUCACAAUGCCCGAAAUUUGUCGGCCCAGUGCGCAUUUGGAAAGGUUCAACAGAUUUUUCGCGUUGUGAUUGGCAAAUGCAUUGCAAACUCGUGGAGGCGCACUAUUGUGAGUCGCCCUGUAUUGCGUUAAUUGUGGUCACAAAAUAGGAUUUUGUUUGGGGAAAGUUUUAGCUUAUCACUGAUACAAGUGUAUGAGCGCAUGCUCAGAUUAACACAUCUUAUCAAAUUUCUUCAUCAUCUACCAUUUCGAUGCAAAGCUAUUCGUUUAUGCUUAAUAAAAUUAUCAUUUUGAUAUGGUGCUAUGUGUACAUGACAUUAUGUGAAAGGAAUGCACAGUUAGUUUGUGAGUUUUGUGCCUAUAGGUAGAUUUGGAAAGAGUUCUAUAUAUGGACGCCACUUGACACCCUGUGCAAAAACCCAUGGGCCUGAUCUGAAAGUGUUUCUAGGUUAACGACUUGUUCCCCCCCCCAUUGAACUUUUCUGGACAUAUUUUUGCUUUCUGAAGGGUACUUGGUCACUGUAGGGAAUAUUUAGUGGCGUCCAUAUGUGGAACUCUUCCCGUAGAUUCAAAUGUAGAAGAUAUGUAAAUGUACCGUACUUUGGGAAACUCUGCGAUUUCAGAGAACAUACUUGCACACGUAUACACAAUGUUGUGCAGGUUGCAUGGCUGUGUAUGCUUCAACAACUUGUAGUUUAAUUCAUUAAUGUAGGCAUCUGUUCUGCUUAUAAUGCCCUUUUAUUGUGAGCAAGGUGAACGGGUCGCAUGUAUUAAAGAUUUGCUUAAAGAAUCUUUUGCUUUCCAGUUUUUAGGCUACUGAAAGAGCCAAUGUGUAAUGUUAAGGGUUUGCUUUUAGCUGCCACAAAUAAUUUUAGCGCAAGUGAGAAUAACUGGGAGCCUAACAACAAUGAAUGACACAGUUGAGUUCAACUCACCCUACUCUUGUAUCUUCACCCAGGUUGAAUCAUGAUUUGCUAGCGCACUUUGUCAAGAUGAACUCCAAGUCAAAACAUUUCCAACUCUGGCCAGAAAUCUCCACAGUCUCCUUUAAAAUCGCACAUUCUGUACUACAGACAGUAAAUGGUGCAGAAGCAUGUAUAUUUUGUGCCUAGGUGCUUGCAUUUUGCAAGAAAAAUAAGGCACUCUUUAGUCUUGAUGACAAGAGGAAUGUCCAAAGUUCAAUAUGCAAUCCCAGGGCUGUAGUGUCAGUGACCUUUAACCUCUAGUGGGCUGACAACAUAUCCCAAUUGGGCUACUUAGCCAAUCAGGCUAAUAAAAUGCCUUUUGUCUUGUGAUUUUUCUCUUCUGCCAAGUUGUAUCGCUAAUCUUCAACAUCUCAGUGGUCAUUUAUGUUUUGUCAUCUUUUUAAUGGGCAUACAAAACCGACUUCCUCAUGACCCCCGACCCUAAAAGUAUACGGUUGUGUGGUCAAUUUUUUUUCCAAUCAAACUUUAUCCAAUUUUUUGAAAGUAUUGUAACCUCUACCCCUGCAUGUUUAGCAUGCUUGUGAAAAGGAUUGGGAAAAAUGAAUAAUACCUUACUGGCCCCAUUUUCCAACUUUUCCUCAAAAUGAACUGGCUGAUUAAUGGCCUGCUAUACAUCUAUGUACAGGCAUAUAGUGUGGUUAUAUUCACUGCCCCCCAAAAUUGUAUGAAGCAAGUCUAUGAACUUUUUAAAAGUUUAUAAUUUAUGUUAUGUAUGUACGAGUCUCAGUUUUUGUCCCAGUAAGUUUGGUCCCAUGUGAAAAAGAGCAUCUGUUUUGUUACAAGCCUGUUCCCUAAAUGUUCCCCUUUUUUCACCAGCAGUCAAUACUUGUCCCAUUCCCUUUGCAUACACAGUAUCACCGGUAGUAAAGCAAGGUAAAGAGCCAGACUUAAUUUACAAAUGUAAUGCUUUGUAAGGUUCCAAAUGUGUCUAAUUAUCAGAUAUGGGCUAUUGCUUGUCAAAGAUGAAAUUCAAUAAAACAAAAAUCCACAUCCAAAGAAAACUA